AUGCCCGGCGGCAAAGGAAAGUCUUCUGGCGGAAAGAGCUCUGGUGGUAAGACCAGCGGCGUCGAGGGUCAGAAGAAGCAGCAGAGCCACUCUGCUCGCGCAGGCCUCCAGGAUUGUCUCGUGAGAAUGCGACAAAUCUACACAAUUUUCCCCUCCUCCGCGCACCCGGUACCACCGUCGCGCACGCCACCCCUCGUGCCAACCCCUCGGGAGGCCCGCCACAUUGCCGACCGCUGCCAGCUCACCGAUUCGAGACGCGUUCCCGAGCUUCCCUACACGGGAAACUGUAUCCUUCAAACCAGGCACCGGCAGGAGUCUGUUGGUGUGUGGGGCUCAUGCGAUCCUGUCGCGAGCGUUUGGCGAAGCUUUGCGCAAAUGUUCCGCUCAUUCCCCUGUGGUCGUGUCAAACGAUUCCUGAAGCAAAACACCCAGAGCAAGAUGCGCGUCGGAGCCAAGGCAGCUGUCUACGUUACCGCUGUUCUUGAAUAUCUCACCGCCGAAGUUCUCGAGCUGGCUGGCAACGCCGCCAAGGACCUCAAGGUCAAGCGCAUUACGCCCAGACAUCUGCAGCUCGCUAUCCGUGGUGACGAAGAGCUCGACACCCUGAUCCGCGCCACGAUCGCCUACGGUGGUGUCCUGCCGCACAUCAACCGCGCACUAUUGCUGAAGGUUGAGCAAAAGAAGAAGAACAAGGUCCUCGAGGCAUGA